AUGUCAAAUGUGGUCAUGUUGUCCGUCUGCCUGGUCUUCUGCUGUGUUUUGUGCCCGCCUUGUACUUCAGCCCCAGCGCGGCGGGACUGGCUUUGGGCUGGGAAGAAGCUGCUACUCAUCUCCUUCGAUGGCUUCCGCUGGGAUUACGACCGAGACGUUGAAACUCCUAGACUGGAUCAAAUGGCCAAAGAUGGCGUCAAGGCGCUUUAUGUCACGCCACCUUUCCUGACUAUCACGAGCCCUGCUCACUUCUCGCUUCUGACAGGAAAUUACGUGGAGAACCACGGAGUGAUCCACAACAUUUGGUUCAACACGAGCACUCAGGAGAAGAAGCAAUACCACGCAGCUCAGUUUGUUGAUUCUUACUGGGACAAUGGCAGCUUACCCAUCUGGAUAACAGCGCAGAGACAGGGACUAAAAACGGGCUCUCUGCAUUUCCCCGGCACGGCCGCAAGCUACAAAGGAGAACGCGUCAACGUGAGGCAAAUCGAGCCCGCUAUCUAUGACCACGGAAACGAAACCGAGUGGAGGCUAAAUAUCGACAAAGUGAUCGGAGACUGGUUCCGCCGGCAAGAUCUGGACUUUGUCUCCUUGUAUUUUGGGCAGCCAGAUUUAGUUGGACACAAAUAUGGACCAGAGUCACGGGAACUUCGGGAGAUGGUGCAGCAAGUGGAUCGUACGGUGGGCUACAUCCGGGAUAAGAUCCGCCAGCACGGCCUAACGGAGCGACUCAACGUUAUCAUCACGGCCGACCACGGCAUGGCCAACAUCCUGCCGGAUAAACAAAUCCAGAGGAUCGUCUUGUCCAAGAUCCCGGGCUUUAGCUUCAAGGAUAUCCAAUUCCAACUCCUGGAUUACGGUCCUGGGGGUAUGCUGCUUCCCAAAGAAGGUCAAUUAGAGAGAGUCUAUCAGGCUCUGAAAGGAGCCCACCCUCAUCUUCAUGUAUAUAAAAAGGAAGAAGUGCCGGCUAGACUGCAUUACGGCUCACAUCCGCGACUCCUUCCCAUCUUCCUCAUGUCGGACCCCGGUUAUGUCAUAAGUGGGUUCUUACCAGUGCAGUUCAACAAAGGAGAUCAUGGUUUUGACAAUGAAGCCAUGGAUAUGAAAGCCUUUUUCAGGGCCGUGGGGCCUGAUUUUCAAAAAAACCUGCUUGUCCGUCCCUUUGACCUGGUCGACGUGUACCCACUCAUGUGCCAUCUGCUCGGAAUUCAACCGGAGCGCAACGAUGGACACUUGGACAAAACCAAACAUAUGUUGAUCCGCAACGACAACACGGGAAGUGCUGACACUCAAAGGGAGGCGCUGAUCGGCUUGGCGUCGGCGAUCGGGCUACUCGCCCUUGUGUUUAUCGUCAUGAUUUCCUACAACAUGUGCAAAAGGACACAAGCCUGAAAGGUUCUGGACGUACAUAUGUCACUUUUAGACAUCGUACAAUAGGCGCUUA